AUGCUCUCGGCCACGCGUGACAGUGGCUCCCCAAAGAAACGAGCCUUUUCCCGCGGGAUGAGUGAGGAAGAGUCCUUGCGGAGCUUCAUGAAGGAGGCUGAGAGUUCUUCCAGACGUUUGACCAGGAGUGACAGCCGAGCAGGGACGCUGAAGAAGAAGACAGAUAGCCAGACUGAACAAGAGAUCUUCAUGGGACUGCCAGAAAUGCUGGAGCUUCAGGCCAGCUACGAGGAGGCCGUGACGGAGCUGCGUGGGCUGGAGGUGGAGCGGGACACGCUUCUGUUCCAGGUGGACGUGCUGCAGGACACUCUGGAGGGAGUGGAGGAGCUGUUGGCAGAGGGCCAGAGAGAGACGGGGCAGGCUAACGCUGAGCUGCAGAGAGAGCGAGAGGCCCGUAGGAAGCUGGAGGGAAUGGUCAGCACGUUGAUGAAAGAAGUGGAGAGGUUGAAAGAGGAAGUAAAUAACAACAAUCCGGAUCCAAACGGGUCCAGAAAUCAGAAAGACGAAACCGACAUGCCACCAAUUGACACAAUCAGACCCACGCUGCCCCCUGCUGGUGAGGCCGAGGAGACCGUCGUGCCGAAGGUGCGUCCAGCCGUGAGUAUGUCUCCGGUGCGCGCUCCUUCUCUGGCCCUGGACUUGGCAUGCGAGGACGGCGUUCUCCUGAGGCCAUACGAACACAGUCUCCCGGACGAUGAGAAAACGGACUCGGACAGCGUCAGCGCUUACGAAGACGCGCCCGCCGACACCCCUGACAACAACGGGCUCUUUCCAGGAGAGGGCGCCACCGCAGAUCUGCCCCACGAUUCGGAAUACACUGAUAAGAAUCAACCCGACGCGUGUGUGCUGUCAUAG